UCAGCAUGACCGCAUCACCUAUAUAACAACACCCGAAUACCAGGAUAUCUGCUAUCUCAACCCUCAAACACCCCGACAUCGUUCUAAGCACCGAUCUUAUUCCCACUCCAAGACGAGACCCGUCCUGAACAAAUUCACCGGCCGAAACAAUGUCCCCCCCCUUCUUCAACUUCACCCGCCUCCCCACGGGCCACGAGUCCUGGGCUCUCCACGCCUUCCUCGCCGAGCAGCUCCAAGCAACGCCCGCCGGCGCCGGCGCGACAACAGCCCCCAACGUGGGCUCCCCACCCCCACCCCUGCCCCACGAAUUCCAGCACUACGAAAACAUCCCCGCCUUCGUGGUCGUGCGCCUCGGCGAGGAGAUCCCCAACCACCUCGCGCCGCUCCCCUGGGAGCAGUGGACGAUGAACCACAUCUUCCGGGUGCUGCGCCACCGCGCCCCGCGGAGCAUGCCCUUCUACGGCGUCGUGCACUCCCACCACUGGGUCCGGUUCUACCGCGAGAAAACCACAACCACGACAGGCCAAUCCCCGGGAACGACGGGCACGAACAUGGGCAAGGACACGGUCUACCCCCUCGCCGUCAACCAUGUGCACACGCUGCAUUGGCACGGCGACGAGCAGCUGAUCGCGGAGUUUGUGGAGGCGGUGCGCUCCCGUCGGCACCGGCGUCUUCGUCGUCGUCGGGGCGCGCCGGAGUUGUCUCGGGCGUUCGAUGGGGUCCCCGCCCCUAGGGCAAGGAGGGUUCCUUUCCAUGAGGAUCAGAUUGAGUGGGUGCGUGGGGAGGACCGGGGGCAGCGGGGUGAUGAGAUGGAGGGGGUUGAGGCGGAGGAGGAAAAGGUGAGUGAUGAACUGCCUCACCACUCGCCCUCGCCUUCGUCUUCGCAGGGGACCGAGGAUAUGGGCAUGGACAACGACAUGUCGGAUUCUCUGUCCAGUUCUGUUGAGCCGGCCCCGUUUAGCGACGGGAAUGACCGUUCUUCGUGGACGCUGGGCCAUUCCGAGGAGCCGCCGGUCUUUCACAAGCGAGAACCUUCUCGGAAGAAACGCUCCUGUGGAGCUUGAUAUCCGAGAUUAUCACGUACACUUCUCUUUUUUGUUUUGGAGAUUGUAUAUGCAUGCGGCAGAGCAUGUUGGCUAAUGCGUCUAUG